ACUGAACUGCUGACUGUCAGCAACUGGCUGCGCAAAGCCCAAAGGUUUCGUGUCCUUAUUGAAAUGGUGAAGCCAGAUCGUCUUGAUGCUGCCACCACCAUUAAAGGUCUGGAUUACCUGGAAGUGCCAGGCUCUGCCAAGAGGGACUACAAGCUGAAUUUUCACUCUCAUAAGGAAGGCACCUUCACUGCUAAGGUGAUUUUCCGGAAUGAGACAACCCAGGAAUACCUCUUCUACAAUGUCACUUUCAAAUCAACGCCGCCCGGUGUCAUCAGUACCAUAGAGUUAGUGACUCCGGUGCGCCAAAGCACUGCAGCCACUAUAACAGUAGAGAAUCCACUAUCUAUGCCAGUAACUUUCAGCACUGAUUGCAAAGUGCCGGAAAUUAAUCUCCCUCCGCAGAUCACUGUGCCUGCUCAAUCUGAGGUAAGGUUGCUGUAUAAUCCAUCUCUCCCUUUCACAAAAUAA